AUGUUUUCGACACGCUCACUCUGCAGGACUACAACCACCGUCUCAUCAUCAACACCACCCAACAGGAGCUCAUCCACAUCGACCCAGCAGGCCACGCCCUCGUUCUCCCGUCGUCAUCAUCCCAGCUCGUCCUUUUCAAGCUCCGCAGGCAUCGGCUUCGCAACAGCCGCCGCAGUCGUCACCGGUGCUGGGGUCCUCACGCUCGCAGGGAGGAGGUACCUGAGUCGUUCGAGUAUGCUGUGCGAGGAGGCUAAGGGGAACGGGAAAGAGGUGAGUUGGGCUGGCAGUUGGUAG